UACGAAUCAGUCGAAUAGAUUUUCUUUAGCUUCUCCGUCUAGCGUGUAUUAAGCUCCUUCAGCUCUUACCCCCAUACAAGAGACAACACAAUGAUGUGUAAAAUUGUUUAUGCCUUACUUUUGGCAACGACCAUUGAUGCUCGGUUUCUUGGUAGCCAUGAAAACUACCAACUGCAAACGGUCGCCAUCCCACUAGGAUGGGUCCUGCAGGACCAACUGGGCCAGGUGGAUUUUGCCUAUCCCAUCCUCGCUGGAACUGCCCCCGUCUUUGUUGAUGGCGUCGGUAACUCAUUCGGACCAUGGGCCUCGGGAAGUGAUGACAUCGUUCGCACGUCUUACGUCACCAAUUUUCGUGGAACAAAUGCUCUUCCUGAUGACUUACCUGUUACUCCUAUUGCCAACUUUGUAGCAGCCGUUGCAAGUGAGGUUGACGCCGUCAAGGCCAGCCUCACAGCCGGCCCAGUCCGAAUGAAACGUAAAAACAUUCUGCGGUACAGAAAUGGCGAGUUCAGGCCUACGUUGUGCACACCUACGUUAUGCUUGUCUGAAAAGCCAUAUGACGAAUAUGAAUCAACUAUGGACACGACAUUUUGGGAUUAAUUAAAGGCCUGUAAAAAGAAAUUUGUACUCUUGUCAUCAGUUGU